AUGCCGCCCAAGAAGAACGACAAUAAGGGGGGCAAGAAGCCCUCCGCAGCGAAGAUCGUUGAGGACAAGACGUUUGGGAUGAAGAAUAAAAAGGGAGCUGUAGCGCAGAAGCAAAUUGCCGCCAUCCAAUCGUCUAUGAAGGCCAGUGGGAGUGCCGAGCAGAAACGAAAGGAGGCCGAGAAAGCACAACGCGAGCGAGAGAAGCGGGCUGCCGAGGAGGCCAAACGGGAAGCCGAAUUGCUUCUCAACAAACCUGCCCAGGUCCAGAAAGUUCCCUUUGGAGUCGAUCCGAAAACUGUCUUGUGUAUAUUCUUCAAAAAGGGGAACUGCGAGAAAGGGAAGAAAUGCAAGUUCUCGCACGAUCUUGCAGUGGAGCGCAAGGUCGAAAAGAAGACGCUGUAUGAGGAUACAAGACAAGACGAGGAAGAGAAGAAGAAGCAGGAAACUUCAGCCGAUUGGGACGAGGAGAAGCUGAGGCAGGUCGUCCUCUCCAAAAAGGGAAAUCAGCGCACAACGACAGACAAGGUGUGCAAAUACUUCAUCCAGGCCAUCGAGGAUGGCAAGUAUGGCUGGUUUUGGGUUUGCCCGAACAACGGGGACAAGUGCAUGUACAAACAUGCUCUUCCGCCUGGUUUCGUGCUCAAGACCAAGGAACAGCGAGCGGCUGAGAAGGCUUUAUACGACAAGUCCCCACUCAAGACGCUGACCAUCGAGGAGUUCCUUGAGUCUGAGAGGCACAAGCUUACUGGUACUCUCACCCCGGUGACGCCCGAGUCGUUUGCCAAAUGGAAGAAGGAGCGUUUAGACAAGAAGGCCGCCGAAGAACAACUCAGAAAGGCCAAGGAAGCGACCGGCCGCGCCCUAUUCGAAAGUGGCAACUGGAGGGCAGAUGAGGAGGAUACGGAUGAUGAGGACGACGCUGCGUGGAACCUCGAAAAGAUGAGGCAAGAGACCGAAGCGCUCAGGAGGAAGAAGGAAGAGGAGCGGCUGGCUGCGUUGCACGGCCUUCCACCACCAAGCGGCGACAUGAAUGGCGGUUCGGUGCCGGGAGCCGACGGGACGGACCCAGACGACAGUAAAGAGGCAAAGCCAGAAGGGGUCCCCAACACGUGA